GUUCGGGGAUAGAAUUGGCCCACUCCCCGUCCUGGAGAUCGUAGAAGGCGAUUAAUGGGCAGGGGAGGCGACGAGUCCAACCGCCUCCCCACAUCCUAGCAUGCCAUUCUUAAUACCUUUCCCACUCUUCUCGAAAACCUUUGGAUUCUUCCGCCACUAGAACUCCCGUACAUGGAAAAUGUGUGUAAACGAAUAGAAAGACCCAAAUGCUCACGCACCCUGUACUACAUAAACGAUGUAUUAUGUUGGGGAAUUUCGUUUCAUUUGUUCCGUUGUUGGUAACAAGACGCCAUUUUGAUCUCCUUUAAUAAAAAGCUUUAUUCCCGUUGUUAUGGAUUUCGUCCUUAAGCAGGAUUUCGAAGAGCCAACAGAACCACCGGCUGCAACUGCAGACGACAUGCAGUGCGAAGUGGAUGACCAAAGCGAAACCGCUCUGUUUCUGCAGCAAGGUCAAUUUAUAGUCCCCCUCGACGGGCACACCGUCGUCCUAGAAGACGGCCAACAGUAUCUCGUCAACAACCUGGGCGAUAAUGGGUGCAAGACGGAGAGUCCGAUCGUUUACUAUACAAACGAAGAGUACUACGACGAAGACAGCGCUUCACAGUACACUUUCAUUGUGGAUAACGGCGAGAGCAACGAAACGGAAGGUGACCAAGUCGUGUUCGACUCCGAGCUCGAGCCGAUAUGCGAGUACGCGAUUCUCAAAGACGGCAAGCUUCACCUGCAAACCGUCGAAAUGGAGGAGCUGCAGGCGAGCGAAGCGGAAACGGCGGACGACGACGACGUGCACACGGUCGACCUGAAAAAAAUUACGGGGCGAAAUCUCGUGACGGGCCAGACGGUUACCCUCGAUCGUUACUUUCAGAAGCUGCAGACUCAACUGAGUUCCGAGGAGUCUGCCGCCGACGACGGCGGCGGUCUUGUCAACCGGAAAGUGACGAUCGGUAAGACCGCCGGCGGAAAACGGAUAGUCGGAAAAAUUCUUCACUUUCAAAGUAGCGAAAGCGUUGAUAAGAUGACCGUCAAAAAUGAAGAGGAUGCGGUCCAACCUCUGAUUGUACGUAAGGAGCAGCGGAUCUUGACGAAGGAAAAUUGUGAUAUGAAUAUCGUGAAGACGUUGGCCGGUCUGAUGGACUUAGAGAGCGUCCGUAACAAGAUGCGCAACAAGAAGCUCGUAGUGAAAAUCGUCGACAAAAUUUACGGCUCGCAAACGAACGACUUCACCAAAACGGUGGCAUACGUCUACGGUCAUAUGGCGCAGGUCAACGACGAGGACUGGACUUUCGACGUGCACGACGUAAACGAUACGAACUCGGACGGGUCGUCGACUGUCUUCGUGACGAUUCUGACAACGGUCGAUUGCCAGGGGAAAAAGUCGAUGAGGGUCAACUUGGUGCCGUCGUUUGAGUCGGCGAGGUGCCGCUUGUGCGCGAAGGAGUUCAAGUCCGCGCAGCAGCUACGCCGGCACGUUCUCAACUCGCACGGCAACCACCAGGUGCAUACGUGCGACAGAUGCGGGAAAAAUUUCGUUAACGGUUCCCUCUUGGAAAGGCAUAAGAGAAUGCUCGCGUGUCAUAAGCUGUUUCAGUGUUCAAAAUGUCCGAAAUCCUUCAACUCGGCGGGAAGCCUGAAACGCCACAUCACGAUACACGAUCCGUCUCUGAGACCGCUCGAAUGCACCGUGUGCUCACAACGAUUCACCGACGAGUCCAGCCUAAAGAAGCACCUGCUCAUCCACACCGGUAUUAGGGCGUACACGUGCAACGUCUGCACGCGUUCCUUUCGCAACCGCGGCGAUCUCAACUUCCAUCGUCGCAUCCACGACCCCGUGAAGCAGUUCUGCUGCGAGAUAUGCGGACGCGCGUUCUCGCGAUACUCGAACAUGCUGCGACACACCGACAUACAUCGCGGUACGGGGACGUUGCAUCGCUGCGACAUAUGCGGGUGCUCGUAUAGUUUCAUCUCGUCGCUGACGAGGCAUAUCGUACAAAAGCACGUCAAGUGCCAAGCCUAAGAUCGAAUUUAUUUUAUAAGAAUUU